UUGGUCGCUCACCGGCACGACUGUAACCUUAGUGUUUGCGGGUCUCACCGGUUAUUAUUUUUGUCUCCAGCGUUCUCCCUUUGGUGCCGGCCCCGGUCUUUCAUCUCCCCACCCGUAACCGCAUUCGCCGUAUUUGUUCCCCGCCCCUCUGUCCUCUCCCCUGCCCUACCCUGCCAAGGGUCCCUGUCUCUGGGCCUCGGCCCCAUGGCGCUGCAGGCGCUGCAAAGCUCGGGGGUGGCCUUCCGCAAGAUCCUGUCUCAUUUCCCCGAGGAGCUGAGCCUGGCUUUCGCCUAUGGCUCCGGGGUGUACCGCCAGGCGGGGCCCAGUUCAAACCAGAAGAAUGCUAUGCUGGACUUUGUGUUCACAGUAGAUGACCCUUUUGCAUGGCAUUCAAAGAACCUGAAGAAAAAUUGGAACCAUUACUCUUUCCUAAAAGUUUUGGGGCCCAAGUUUAUCACCACUAUCCAGAAUAAUUAUGGCGCCGGAGUUUACUACAAUACAUUGAUCGUGUGUGAUGGUAGGCUUAUAAAAUAUGGGGUUAUUAGCACUAGUAUUUUGAUUGAGGAUCUCCUUAACUGGAAUAACUUAUACAUCGCUGGACGACUCCAAAAACCGGUGAAAAUCGUAGCAAUGAAUGAGAAUGUCAUUCUCAGAUCAGCCCUCGAUAAAAAUCUGAGAAGUGCUGUGACUGCUGCUUUCCUCAUGCUCCCCGAAAGCUUUUCUGAAGAAGACCUCUUUAUAGAGAUUGCCAGACUCUCCUAUUCAGGUGACUUUCGGAUGGUGGUCGGAGAGGAUAAAACAAAAGUAUUGAAUAUUGUAAAGCCCAACAUAGCCCAUUUUCGUGAGCUCUAUGGCAACAUUCUACAGGAGAAUCCACAAGUGGUGUAUAAAAUCCAGCAAGGCAGACUGGAGAUAGAUAAAAGCCCAGAAGGACAAUUCACUCAGCUAAUGACAUUGCCCAAAACCUUACAGCAACAAAUAAAUCAUAUUAUGGACCCUCCUGGAAAAAACAGAGAUGUGGAGGAAACUUUAUUACAACUUGCUCACGAUCCUGACUGUGGAGAGGUGGUGCGACUAGGGCUUUCAGCAAUCGUGAGACCUUCUAGUCUGAGACAGAGCACCAAAGGCAUUUUCACUGCUGGCAUGAAGAAAUCAUUGCAUUAUAGUUCACUGAAACUGCAUAAAAUGUGGAAAGGAUGGCUGAGGAAAAUGUCCUAAUUUUGCUUGCUUUUAUACAUGUAUAGAUGAAUAAAGUGUUCCCUUUUGACAAAA